AAGUUCGUAAUUCUAGGGCCAGCUACGUGGUGCAGGAGAUAAAGGGGCUUGCCACCAAGUCUAAUGACCUGAGUUUGAUCCCAGGGACUCAUAUGGCAGAAAGAGAGAACCAACUCCUAGCUGGCAUUCAUACCAUCCUUUACAGUGAUGCUACAGAUCAAAGAGGAAUGGAUAAAAACAUUGGUGAACAACUCAAUAGAGCAUAUGAAGCCUUCCGACAGGCAUGCAUGGAUAGAGAUUCGGCAAUAAGAGAGCUACAGCAAAAGCAGACUGAGAACUAUGAACUAAGAAUUCGCGAGCAACAAGAACAGCUCUCAUUUCAACAAACUCUUAUUGACAAGCUAAGAUCACAGCUACUUCUUAUGGAGUCUAGUCGAGAUAAUAGUUAUGGCUAUGUACCUUUGUUUGAAGAUGGUGAAAAAAGGAAGAAUAAUUUGACCCUUGAUGAACCACAUGAUAAAGUGAAACUAGGAACACUGAGAGAUAAGCAAUCAAAGGGGAGAAGACAAGAAGUUUCUUCUGGAAGAAGAACCUCAAAGGAUCUCAGCGUUCCUUUACAGCAUGAAAGGGAUAAUAUAGAGAAGACUUUCUGGGAUCUUAAAGAAGAAUUUCAUAGGAUAUGCUUGCUAGCAAAAGCACAGAAAGAACAUUUAAACAAACUUAAUAUACCAAAUAUUGUGACUGACACGCAGUGCUCCGUGCCUGUACAGUGUACUGAUAGAACCGAUAAACAAGAAGCGCUGUUUAAGCCCCAGGCUAAAGACGAUACAAAUAGAGGCACGCUGUGCAUCACAUCUGUUACACCCAGAGGACUGGGCCGGGAUGAGGAAGAUACUUCCUUUGAAUCGCUUUCUAAAUUCAAUGUCAAGUUCCCACCUAUGGACAAUGACUCUACUUUUCUACAUAGCACUCCAGAGACGCCAAACAUCCUUACUCCUGCCACACCUGAGGCAGUGUGUGAGGACAAAUUUAAUAUGGAAGUCAGAGACAACCCAGGAAACUUUGUUAAAACAGAAGAAACUUUAUUUGAAAUUCAGAGAAUUGACCCCAUAACUUCAGCUAUACAAAACCUUAAAACAACUGACAAAACAAAACCCUCAAAUCUUAGAGCUCCGUGUUUGCCAGCUGGAGACCAUAAUGUGUUCUAUGUAAAUACAUUCCCACUUCAAGACCCGCCUGAUGCACCUUUUCCCUCCCUGGAUUCCCCAGGAAAAGCUGUCCGAGGACCACAGCAGCAAGGGAAACAGCUGGUAUGUGAUUACAACUUGAUGGAAAAGUAUUCAGCUUUAAAAAUGCAAGAGAAUUGGUGUUGAGCUGUCACAAGACAUGGGGCAUAAGGUUAGAUAAUUGAUAUUUUGGCAGAAAAAGCAAAGAAAUUGGUUUGAUUUAAAGGCCAUGUUACAUUUCUAGGUUUCAAAAAUAUUUAUUUAAAUGGGUCUUUUUAAGCAUUACUUUCCUGUAAUGGAGAAAGCUCAUAAAUACAAUUAUUGAGUUGCCCACAGACAGGAAGAGGGGAAAUUUAGGUUACAUAUUUUGCUUUUACUUUAUAUUAAGCAUUACUACCGAAUAUGUAUUUUUUGCUUCUGUUUUUCAUAGCAAAGACUAAAAUAUAUAUCAGCUUAUUUUUCUUCAGUGUGAUUAUUUUCUUUUUUUACUUUUGCUGAGUCAGUAAUUGGGGUUUUAAAUAAAUUCCAAGAACAAGCUGCACCAAAAGCUACUAAUGUCAGAUUUCAAAAGUAAACUGUCAGUGGAAGACUGGCUUAACAAAUUUAGGAACUGACUCACUUUUUUUAAGUUAAUUUCUUGCUGUUGUAUAAAUCUUAAUACAAAUAUCUUUAAGGUAAUAAUUGCUAUAUGACAGUUUUGCAUUAAAGUAUAACACUUGAAAUUAGUUAACUUUUAAUUAACCUCCACUUAUGUACUUAAAAUUAUUACUGUUUUUCAUCAGCAAAAAUUUUCAACAAACAAUUACUUUGCCCCAAAUUUUUUGAAAUAAAAUAAAAUUUAUUUUAAAUACUGUUAGUUUUGUGGCAACAGGCACUUGUCAUGAAAACAAAUGAAGUUCACAUUCUCCGGUGUUUGUACUAACACUUGAAUGUGUCAUGCUACCUAAACAAAGUGGACAUAUUAAUAUUACGCUGUACACAGCUGUCCUACAGUGCCCACUGUUAGUGAUGGCUUGAAAGCCACGUACUGUGAUUAACAAUACUGUGUUUAUAUAAAUACCAGCUAACUAGAAUGAAGUUAAAGGCAUAAAAACUGUCAGGUGCUGAACUGAGCUGUGUUCCAUUACAAACUUAAUAGUAAUUGGCGCACAAAGAGCCUCUUUAAAUGUUUUUCUCUGAAGUGACUAUGUCUCUGUCAGAGGAAUUUAUCUGUCAAGGUAAGAAUGUGUUUUAACAAUCUGACGGACAUGGUUCAGGGAAAGCUAUUUAAGCUAUUUUUGUCAAUAUCAUUUUUAUUAAAGACUAUUACACUAAUUCAUAUAUAUAUAUUAUUCUAGGCUUAUUAAAAACAUAUCUACAAGUUUUUAUUUCCCAGUAAUUAUAAUGGAAAUGGUGCUAUAAAAUUACAGUUUUCCAUAGUUCUUUAAUUGGGCAAUUAUUGACAGGCUUCAUUUUAUUUGUUGGCAAGAAAGAGUAAGGCCAACUAUAAAACAGAUGUAAAAAAAAAAAGUCAAAGGAAUGUGUCUCAGGUUAGGUUUUAUUGAGAUAUUUAAUAUCUGUACUUUUUAGUUUAAAAGAAACUGUUUGGACAAAUCAGAAUGCCGAUUAUAUGUGAUUUGUUUAUUUUUAUUUUGAAUUGCCUUCAGUAAAACUGCUUGCACAUGUACUAUUAAAGACCAUAUAAUUUACGGUUCCUAUUGUGAAGUAAAUACAGAACUUAAUAAAGUCUCAAGUAUUGGCCCUUGUUUCAGAACUAUUGCCAUUGAGAUAACUGACUAUUAAUGAGUCCUGCUGUUAAGGCGCAGUAAUUUUAAAUGUGUAAAGAUAAAAUCCAGGAGUGUGGUUAAGUUGUCCCGCUCUGGAAAAGAAAUCUGCUUUCAUGUUACAGAAUUCAGAUAGAAAUGUCAUUCAAAUAUUUGGAUUUGAAGUUUAGUGCAAAAUGCUUUUAAACAUAAUAAGAUGUUUUUACUUGUUUC